CAUAAGAAAAAAAAAAACAUCUCAUAGCUUCUAACAUUUUUCAAGAUUUGAUCUCAAUGUCGUCAUCAGCUGUUCCUGAUUACUUGGGAGAUGAAGAUUUGACACAAGAAACAAGAGAUCUGAUCUCUUCUCUUCCAAGCGAGAAAGGGUGGCUGGUGAGCCAAAUGUAUCAAUUUCAAGGACGUUGGCACACACAAGCUCUCUUACAAGGACUCUUGGAAUGUCAAAAACACUUUCAGGCCAAAGAUUCGGACAUUAUCCUCGUCACCAAUCCUAAGUCAGGUACCACUUGGUUAAAAGCUCUUGUCUUUGCUCUACUUAACCGACACAAGUUUCCAGUUUCUUCGGGUGAUCAUCCUCUUCUGGUUACAAACCCGCACCUUCUCGUGCCCUUCUUGGAAGGAGUUUACUAUGAGUCUCCAGAUUUAGAUUUCUCCAAGUUACCUUCUCCAAGACUCAUGAACACACACAUACCGCAUCUUUCCUUGCCAGAGUCCGUUAAGAGCUCGUCUUGUAAGAUUGUGUAUUGUUGUAGAAACCCUAAAGACAUGUUUGUCUCCUUAUGGCAUUUUGGGAAGAAACUUGCUCCUCAAGAAACCGCUGAUUAUCCUAUUGAAAAAGCGGUUGAAGCGUUUUGUGAAGGGAAGUUUAUAGGUGGACCCUUUUGGGAUCAUGUGUUAAAGUAUUGGUAUGCGAGCCUCGAGAAUCCGAACAAGGUCUUGUUUGUUACUUAUGAGGAGCUGAAGAAGGAGACCGGAGAUACAAUCAAGAGAAUAGCUGAGUUCUUGGGAUGUGGUUUUGUUGGAGAAGAGGAAGUGAGAGGGAUUGUGAAGUUGUGUAGCUUUGAGAGCUUAAGUAGUUUGCAAGUUAAUAGAGAAGGGAAGUUACCUAAUGGAAUGGAGACUAAAGCUUUCUUUAGAAAAGGAGAUGUUGGAGGAUGGGGAGAUACUUUGAGUGAGUCCUUGGCAGAGAAAAUAGAUAGAACCAUUGAAGAGAAGUUUCGAGGUUCUGGUCUUAAAUUUUCUUGUUGAAUUAAUCUUGAAGACUUUUUUGUUAUGUUUUUGUUGUGCUUUAAUGAUGUUGUUGUUUUUUCAAUUUUGUGAGUUUUGUUUCUGCUGUCUAUGUUUUGUUGUUUUUUUUGUAUGAACAAAAAAAAAAUAAUGAUUUGCUUAUUAUAUA